GUCUGCGAUAUGGUGCCUCAUUACUUUCUCUUAUCUCUCCUCGUUCAGAUCACUGAUCCCCGGACCGACAUGACGUACCUUCGGAUUGCGUUGCGAAAUGAUGAUUGUCACGCACACUUCCACUACUAUACCAUGCUGUGUACCACACCCGCAGAUACGCGCGCUUCUAGACGAAAAUGACGACGACGAUGGGUGGUCUUUUGCUCUCCCUCCCGCUGCUUCCUUGCUCAUCAUGUUACCAGUCGACGCUCAGCUGAAUUUCAGGCCAAUGAACGAAGACGGUUCAUUGCAGAUGCGAACACGUCGUGUGAUUGUCACCCAAUGAUGAGUGCGACAGGGGUGCUUUGGCAAGUCGGUCAUGAAGUGCAAUUGGACUCUGCCUCUGGACAGGCCGU